AUAAAUCAACUUCUUCUAUAAGUUGGGUGGAAGAAAUAACCGAAAAAACCUUUUCAAAAACCUUUUCUUCCAGUUCAUUAGAUUUAUCUCAAAACAUAAUGAUUGAUGUCGAAGAUAUUCGGAUGAGCAAGAAAAAAGAUUCUGAAAAUGAUCAAGAUAACGUUUCUAAAAACAACAAACUUAUAAGCCGUUCUUUCUGUCGUUCAAAAAAUCAAUCUGAAACUGAAAAUAUUGAAAAAAUCAAAGAAUCUUCAAAAUCUUCAUUUGCUGUGAUCAGCACUUCGGAUCUUGAAUUCAUUAAUGAUUCUUCAGUAUCAGAUACAAAUGAUCUCAUGAUAUGUGAAUCUCCUAUCUCCGAACCACCAAAUAAUCUUUCAAUUAAAAGGAUUACUUUAAACGAAACUAAUAGUGAUAUUAGGCGUAGUUGGUCUCAAUUAGAAGUACGACAUAUUAAAGGCUUAUUUUCACGAAAACGUAAUAUAUUUGACUGGAAAAGGAGAAAUUCUUAUGCUUACACUAAUUCUACAAAAACAAAUCAACAACUUGUUUCUGAAUCAGAAAUUCUUAUACAAGAUUCUCCUAUAUUUGAUAUAAUUGCUCUUCAAGCUGAUGUUGAAAAAGAAACUGAUAUUGUUACUAGAUCUAGUCAAAUGAGAAAAUUUAUUUCUUGUGAAAUUUAUUCUACUGAACAAAGUUAUUUAUCUCAUUUAAAAAAUCUUAAAAAGAUAUUCAUGGAUCCAUUCAUCGCUGCGGCUCAAAAUCCAAAUCCGCUAGUAAAUCCUGAUGAUACUGAAAUAAUCUUUGCUCAUAUAGAAGACCUUACAGAGUUAUCUACUGUAAUCGUAGAAGACCUUGAAAGUAGUAUGGAUCCAUGGCAAGAAUCCGAAUCAAUGGUUGGCGAAGUAUUUUUAAAAUACAGUCCUUAUUUCGAAGCAUUAUUACUCUAUGCAGAAAAUCAUCAACAAAGUAGGUUGGCAAUUGAACGAGCCAAUGAAAAUGUUUUAUGUCGAAAAUUUAUACAGAAAUAUACUCCAGAAAAUCAUAUGGAUUAUGACGAUCUAUGUCAUGCUGUAGAUAAUAUGAAGGCUCUUGCUCUUAAAUGUGAUAAAGCUAUUCGACAACAUUGA